UACGGUGGUCUCGCGCUGCGCGUUCACUUGGCACUACUGUGUCUUAUGAUAAAAGUCCAAAUAAUAAUGUUUGUUGUGGCAGAAGGCAGAUAACGUCUAGCCACCACGCAGCCCGGCAAACUCCGGAGCGCUCAGGAGUAAGAACCGAAACAUAUUAUAAGAAAGCGGAGAUACACAACGUUGCCACCAGAGAACCAUGAUUCUCAGGAGUAAAGUUACAACUCCCAGGAGAUAUAAGGAGCAAAUAGAGAGCGUCAAGUCACUCAAUGCUCUUCAGCAGAAGAGUCUCAUUUUUGAAAAGUAGAGUGACGGUUCUACAAUAUUACAGACAAUCUGGCUACCGGCAACGGUACGUGGCGACUUCCGCUCAUUCACGAUCUUGCUAACUCGACCACCGAGGGUGCUUUUGGCCGCCGCCGACUCCACGGAUGUGGAGAUACACCUCACCGAGAUAUUAUCUCCCGGAUUCGUUGGAAGCUCUGGCCAAAGAGACCAAGACGACCGGGACGCAGACUGAAGCAAGAGCAGCCGUAACGGAGAGAGGUAUCCAGACUGGAGACGGGACGGGAAAAAGGAGGCAGAGACGCAGACCAACAAGGAGCUAGGAACGAGGCCACCAGGAGUUACACAGCCGGACACAAGUAACUGCCCGGACGAGCCCACGCAUACGAGAAGCAAAAGGCUUACCAGCCCCAAGGAAAGGAAGCGGCGUCACAACAAGAAAAAAAGCUCCCGGCGACAGAAGGAAAAAAGAAGCAUUGAGGAACCUACAGGUUUUACUCGACGCCAACAACAAUUCGGUCAGCUACCGGGUGACAAAAGCGGCGCCACCACUGGAAACCUAAUGGAAAACCUAAUGGAAACCUAAAACUUAGGCACACCAUUUUUUCCGGCCUCCCCUUCGGAGCCACCUAAAUCAAGCUAAAAAGAGAUUCAUGUACAUAAUGUAUAUAGAACAGAAUAGAAGAGAAAUAAUAUAAUUACUCUCUCAGGUUAUUACGAGGGUCGUUCAAUAAUGACCUUAGAAAAUCCAAGAGAUAACGCUCGUAGCAUCGAAAAUGUUUUUAAUAAGCAUCAUGACUUAAUAGACAGUUGUCUAAGUUUCAGUUAUUUCCAUCACAUGGUUUCAUUUUUAUUGUCGAUUGAAGCAAGAAACUUGUGUUUAUUUAGAAAAAUGGAAAGAAGUGAGUUUCGAGCGGUGAUUAAACACUUAUAUUUAAAAGGCUUAACACCGAAAGAGAUCAAAACUGUGUUGGAUGAAGUUCAUGGCACAUCUGCUCCUGUGUUUGCAACUGUUUACAAUUGGGUAAAUGAGUUUAAACGUGGCUGUACAUCCACAAAAGAUGAACAUCGUUCGGGACGUCCAGUGGAAGUGACUACUCCCGGAAUGAUUAACAAAAUCCACGAUAUGGUUUUGAGUAAUCGGCGAAUAAAAGUGCGCGAAAUAGUUGAGGCCACUGGCAUAUCGCAAGGUACAGUGUUUUCAAUUUUGCACAAAAAAUUGGGUGUGAAAAAAUCUCGGCAAGAUGGGUGCCGCGUUUGCUCUCAGUGGACAGGUGCACACCUAUGUAGUUUCGAUGGCCAAAAUCAUGAAAUUAAAGUUCGAAUUAUUACAACAUCCACCGUAUUCACCGGAUUUGGCUCCUAGUGACUUUUUUUUUAUUUCCAAACUUAAAAAAUGGCUUGACGGACAACGGUUCACGUCGAAUGAAGAGGUCAUCGCCCAAACAAAUGCCUAUUUUGAGAACCUUCCAAAAUCUUACUUUUUAGAUGGCUUAAAAAAGUUGGAGAAACGCUUCGAAAAGUGUAUAGAGCUAAAAGGAAAUUAUGUUGAAAAAAAAAAUUUACCUAAAAUAAUUUGUUUUUCUAUUUUUUUUCUAAGGACUUAUUGAACGACUCUCGUAUCACCUAUUUUGUGGAACCAGCGUACGACACCUCUUGUAAUCCUGCAAAUAUGUUACGAACACGCCCACAAUGUUAUUCUCUACGACGCUGAAUCUAGCCACCUUCGGUAGCCACCCGUCGCGCUCAAACCAGGGACGACAUAGCAUUGGGGGCAUGGCAGGGCUAAACCACGACAACGAAUAAAGUAAAAUAGAAACAUAGAGAAUUUAAAAUAUACACGCACGCAUUUUAGGGUGUCUACAAGAAUAAUGUGCAAUUAUUAAGGCGGCACAAGACCGUCUAAUUUGUUUAAAAAAUUGUCAAAGUGACUUUUCGCGCGACUUUAUCGUUUAAAUCGUAGCCUCUUUUUCCGGCGGAGUCGGGAUGGCUUCAAAAAAUUUACAGACAAUUUCAAUAAUCUGUACAACAAUAAUAUGUAAUGAUUGAGGCGGCACAAGACCGCCUAAUUUGUUUAAAAAAUUGUCAAAGUGACUUUUCGCGCGACUUUAUCGUUUAAACCGUAGCCUCUUUUUCCGGCGGGGUCGGGAUGGCUUCAAAAAAUUCACAGACGAUUUCAAUAAUCUGUACAACAAUAAUAUGUAAUGAUUGAGGCGGCACAAGACCGCCUAAUUUGUUUAAAAAAUUGUCAAAGUGACUUUUCGCGCGACUUUAUCGUUUAAAUCGUAGCCUCUUUUUCCGGCGGAGUCGGGAUGGCUUCAAAAAAUUUACAGACAAUUUCAAUAAUCUGUACAACAAUAAUAUGUAAUGAUUGAGGCGGCACAAGACCGCCUAAUUUGUUUAAAAAAUUGUCAAAGUGACUUUUCGCGCGACUUUAUCGUUUAAACCGUAGCCUCUUUUUCCGGCGGGGUCGGGAUGGCUUAAAAAAAUUCACAGACGAUUUCAAUAAUCUGUACAACAAUAAUAUGUAAUGAUUAAGGCGGCACAAGACCGCCUAAUUUGUUUAAAAAAAUGUCAAAGUGACUUUUCGCGCGACUUUAUCGUUUAAACCGUAGCCUCUUUUUCCGGCGGGGUCGGGAUGGCUUCAAAAAAUUCACAGACAAUUUCAAUAAUCUGUACAACAAUAAUAUGUAAUGAUUAAGGCGGCACAAGACCGUCUAAUUUGUUUAAAAAAUUGUCAAAGUGACUUUUCGCGCGACUUUAUCGUUUAAAUCGUAGCCUCUUUUUCCGGCAGGGUCGGGAUGGCUUCAAAAAAUUUACAGACAAUUUCAAUAAUCUGUACAACAAUAAUAUGUAAUGAUUGAGGCGGCACAAGACCGCCUAAUUUGUUUAAAAAAUUGUCAAAGUGACUUUUCGCGCGACUUUAUCGUUUAAACCGUAGCCUCUUUUUCCGGCGGGGUCGGGAUGGCUUCAAAAAAUUUACAGACAAUUUCAAUAAUCUGUACAACAAUAAUAUAUAAUGAUUGAGGCGGCACAAGACCGCCUAAUUUGUUUAAAAAAUUGUCAAAGUGACUUUUCGCGCGACUUUAUCGUUUAAACCGUAGCCUCUUUUUCCGGCGGGGUCGGGAUGGCUUAAAAAAAUUCACAGACGAUUUCAAUAAUCUGUACAACAAUAAUAUGUAAUGAUUAAGGCGGCACAAGACCGCCUAAUUUGUUUAAAAAAUUGUCAAAGUGACUUUUCGCGCGACUUUAUCGUUUAAACCGUAGCCUCUUUUUCCGGCGGGGUCGGGAUGGCUUCAAAAAAUUCACAGACAAUUUCAAUAAUCUGUACAACAAUAAUAUGUAAUGAUUAAGGCGGCACAAGACCGUCUAAUUUGUUUAAAAAAUUGUCAAAGUGAUUUUUCGCGCGACUUUAUCGUUUAAAUCGUAGCCUCUUUUUCCGGCAGGGUCGGGAUGGCUUCAAAAAAUUUACAGACAAUUUCAAUAAUCUGUACAACAAUAAUAUGUAAUGAUUAAGGCGGCACAAGACCGCCUAAUUUGUUUAAAAAAUUGUCAAAGUGACUUUUCGCGCGACUUUAUCGUUUAAAUCGUAGCCUCUUUUUCCGGCGGGGUCGGGAUGGCUUCAAAAAAUUCACAGACGAUUUCAAUAAUCUGUACAACAAUAAUAUGUAAUGAUUAAGGCGGCACAAGACCGCCUAAUUUGUUUAAAAAAUUGUCAAAGUGACUUUUCGCGCGACUUUAUCGUUUAAACCGUAGCCUCUUUUUCCGGCGGGGUCGGGAUGGCUUCAAAAAAUUCACAGACGAUUUCAAUAAUCUGUACAACAAUAAUAUGUAAUGAUUGAGGCGGCACAAGACCGCCUAAUUUGUUUAAAAAAU